GUAUUGUUUAUUUGUCCCUUACACUGUUAAACAUGAUGAUGAUGCAUGCAUGUAUUCCGUACCUGGCCUGGUCUUAACCUGAUGCGCGAGCGUGGGGCCGGGCCGAUGCGACGUCGCAAGCAUCCAUGGUUGAUGGGUGGGCUUGGGGGUUCCAGCGAGGACGUCAAGCUGCGGGGCUUGAUGAGCUACCUAACAAUGUCCGAAAAUGGACGCCAGCUGGCGACUGAAGGCCAUCAAGAGAACCCGCCAUGGCCUGAUGCCACACACACUUCUCGUUUCGCCAUUGACGAUCCAUCACCACAGAUUCGGUUCGCCCCCACCUCUUUCUGCUACCUCUUGCCAGACCCAAAUUUCCCGGACCAUGGCAUCGUCUUGAGAAAGAAACAGAAGGUCCGAUCAUCCGACAAACAAAAAUGACCACCGCGGUUCGGAUCUGUGUCUGCGGCGACGAAGGCACGGGAAAGUCGAGCCUGAUCGCCUCGCUGGUCAAGGACGUCUUUGUCGCCAACAAGAUCCAAUCCGUUCUGCCCCAGGUCACCAUCCCCCCAACCAGCGGCAGUCCCGAAAAUGUCACCACCACCAUCGUCGACACCUCCGCCCGCCCCCAAGAUCGCACGACUCUGCGCAAGGAGAUUCGGAAAUGCAACGUCAUCCUGCUGGUCUACUCGGACCACUACAGCUACGAGCGCGUCGCCCUCUUCUGGAUGCCCUACUUCCGCUCACUCGGGGUUAACGUCCCGGUGGUGCUAUGCGCCAACAAGUCGGACCUCGCAGGCUCGGGCAACACACCGCAGGUGGUCGAGGAGGAGAUGUUGCCGGUCAUGGCCGAGUUCAGGGAAAUCGACUCGUGCAUUCGCACGAGCGCCAAGGAGCAGCACAACGUCAUCGAAGUCUUCUACCUCUGCCAGAAAGCCGUCACACACCCGAUCGCGCCGCUCUACGAUCACAAGGAGGGCCAGCUGAAGCCCGCGUGCACGGCCGCGCUGAAGAGGAUCUUCUACCUGUGCGAUAAGGACCAGGAUGGCUAUCUGAACGACCAGGAAAUGCACGAGUUUCAGGUCAAGUCGUUCGACAAGCCCCUGUCGCCCGGCGAGCUGGAGAAUAUCAAGGCGACCGUGAGCAAGGCGGUGCCAACCUCCAGCACCGAGAAGGGGCUUGACCUGAACGGCUUUCUGCAGCUGAACAAGCUGUACGCGGAAAAGGGGCGCCACGAAACGAUAUGGAUCAUCCUCAGGAAGCAUCACUACACGGAUAGCCUCAGCCUGGAGGACAGCUUCCUCCAUCCGCGGUUCGAGGUGCCGGACUACGCCUCGGCAGAGCUCAGCCCCGCAGGGUAUCGCUUUUUCAUGGAUUUGUUCCUGACGUUCGACAAGGACAGCGACGGCGGACUGAACGACCAGGAACUCGCGGCUCUGUUUGCUCCUACCCCCGGUUUACCGCCGUCGUGGGUCGAGUCAUCGUUCCCUUCCUCUACCGUCCGGAACGAGGCAGGCCACAUCACCCUGCAAGGCUGGCUUGCCCAAUGGAGCAUGACCACCUUCCUCGAGCCCAAGACGACGCUGGAAUACUUGGCCUACCUCGGCUUCGAGGGGCCAAACGCGUGGGACUCGACGACCGCCGCCCUCAAGGUCACCAAGCCGCGAAAGCGGAGGCGCAGGCCGGGCCGCGUCGAGCGCAACGUGGUGCUCUGCUACAUCCUCGGGUCUGCCGGGUCCGGCAAAUCGUCGCUCCUCGACGCCUUCCUUAACCGGCCCUUCGAUACCCUCUAUCAUCCGACCAUCAAACCGCGCCGCGCCGUCAACAGCGUCGAACUGCACGGGGGCAAGCAGUGCUACCUCAUCCUCGAAGAGCUCGGUGAGCUCGAACCCGCCAUACUCGAGAACCAAGCCAAGCUCGACGCGUGCGAUCUCAUCUGCUACGCGUACGACUCGUCGGAGCCCGACUCCUUCUCGCACAUUGUCGACCUGCGCAAGCGCUACCCGCAGCUGGACGACCUGCCAGCCAUCUACACCGCCCUCAAGGCCGACCGCGACAAGACGACGCAGCGCAGCGAGCUGCAGCCCGACGCCUACACGGCCGCGCUCAACAUGGCCGCCCCCUUGCACGUCAGCGUUACCUGGAACAGUAUCAGCGAGCUGUUCGUCGCCCUCGCCGAGGCCGCCACGAACCCCAGCACGGCGUUCCCCAGGUCGGAAGAGCCGCCUGAUCGGACCAGCCUGUACAUGGCCCUUGCGGCUACUUCGUGCGCCGCCUUGGCGGCCUUCAUGAUAUGGCGGCGGUCGACGAGUUCUUCAGUGUAGGUCAUGGGUCGCUGCGCGAGAGGAAGGGCUGCGCUAUGGGAGCGU